AUGGAUCGCGGUCAAGAUCACGCAGCGCAAGAGGAGCAGGGCACUCAACCAGUUGUGCAUGGCGGGGGGCAGGAGCCUACUGGGACACGAGCGACAACUCAGUCUCACUCUCUGGGACAAACUGCCAGCCCAACUCAAUUGUUGCCCCAGGCAGACCGUCCACAACCGGAGCCGCCGAGGCCUAUUCUUUUACCCCCCUCCAUCCCUCAGGCACCUCUCCAAGACAACGAUAACCUAAAUCCAGCCAUUAAUCGCGGGGGUGAGCCCCUACCAACUACCCAAAAUGUCACCGCGCCAGUGGAGAGGCUAGAUGAUGAUCACGGUUCAAGAGACUCGUCGCCUGGACAUCGUCCCAACCAACCCAACCCUAUUUAUCCAAGAUAUCCGCAGCGUUUGGCAGAUCCUGGGUUAAGUCGAGUAAACUCUCGGCGAUCUGGUAUUGACUGGAUUGUACCGGUGGAGGAACGGAAAGAACUGCCUCCUCGUCCAAAAACCUUGGGAGAGAGAUUGCAGAAAACAAUUGACCACGCAAAUACCGAAUGUGAGAAAUAUGCUGUCAGAGCCAAAUUAACGGCGUACGCGCUCAACAUUGCUAUCGGAAUGCAAGUACUGUUAGGGGCGUUGACUACUGCGGUCUCAGCUGCUACAUCCGGACAUAGUGUUGGUUGUACGUCCAUCGCUACCUCUGUUCUAGGUGGCCUCGCUACACUGGUUGCAUCGUAUCUGGCUCGUGCACGAGGUUCAAAUGAGCCAGAGCUGUCAAUCACACGAGUUAAGGACCUGGAGCAUUUUAAACGAGAAUGCGAAGCUUUCAUCAUGGAUCAUGGCCAUAAAACCGAGGAGACUGGCCCGCUUGUAGACAAGAUGAAUAAUCUACGUUACAAGUUUGAAGACUUGCUAGGUAAUGCCAGUGGCGAGCGGAAGCUGGCUCCGGCGUAA